UCAACUCCACUUUCUCGUUAUUUUUUUUUACAGAAACCUAAUAUUCCUCUUCUUCAUGUAAUUGGCUUUCUUCUUCAUCUCCACUUUUAUCUCCACUUUUACAGAAUUUCAGUUAUUGAUCUAACUUCAUCUUCCUCGAUUCAUUUUCGUAUAUUCAUCUUUUGGCUACACCCAUCUUUCAAUUUAAUCAAUUUUGGAAAAAAGAAAAUAUCUCAUUCUGAAAGAGAUUCUAGAAAGUGGAGUUACUAUGACCAAGGUUUGGUAGUGUUACUUUAUAUUCAUUCCCUUUGUGAUCUUGCAUUAAAACACCGUAAGAAAGCAAGGAAUUAUCAAGACAAUAAAUGCGGUAGGAGUAACGAUUCUAAAGUAGACAUUCAAUUCAUAAAGAUUAUAAAUUGUGUAGUAAGCAUGGAUAAUGGUGAAGAUGCUAAUGAGAGGAACAAUGGUAGUUAUGUGGAUAAUGAAGAAGGAAAAGAUGAUUUGGAUGAUUACAAAGAUAUAGGUGAAAUCUCAGAUGAUGAUAUAAGAGAUAUGAAAUUUGAAUCAGAGAAAAAAGCUUGUGAGUUUUAUGAAACAUAUGCAGAAUAUCAUGGGUUUGCUGUAAGAAGAGAUGAGAUUGACCGUGAUUUCAAAAAAAAUAUUGUUAUGCGCCAAUUAGUUUGUAAUAGAGAGGGGAAAAGACAUAAAAAACAUAUGUUAAGGGUGGAUCGACAUAGGGGGCCAAGGCCAAUCACUCGAACAGGUUGUCUUGCUCGGUUGCGUGUGGCAUAUGAUGUAGUGAGUAGAGGUUGGAGAGUUGUUGCAUUUGAAUCCGCUCAUAAUCAUAAGUUAACUCCACAGCGGUUUGUCCAUUUUAUUCCUAAGUAUCGUCGACUGAGUGAAGCUGAUAAAGCGCUUGUUGAUGGCUUGCAUACAUGUGGUGUUAGAACAUGUCAUAUUUUGGGUUUUAUGUUGGGUCAGAAAGGUGGUCAUGAAGAUUUGGGAUUUAUCAAGAAGGACCUAUAUAAUUAUUUUAGUAAUGGAGCCAAGGUUAAAAGAGAAAAUGGAGAUGCUUUUGCUGCUUUGUCUUAUUUACAGGCUAAAGCCGACAAUGAUCCGAUGUUUUUUUCGAAGUUUACCACAACAGAGGAUGGUCGUCUACAAAAUUUAUUUUGGUCAGAUGGAACUAGCCGAUUUGACUUUGAAUGUUUUGGUGAUGUGGUUGCAUUUGACACGACCUAUAAAAAGAACAGGUACAACAAACCUUUUGUUAUUUUUUGUGGGUACAAUCAUCAUGGUGAAACUACAAUUUUUGGGUGUGCUUUAAUUUCGGACGAAAAGACAGAGACAUAUAAGUGGGUUUUAAAUGCCUUUUCUGAAGCAAUGUUCCAUAAAAGUCCAAAUGUAUUUGUUACUGACGGAGAUGGUGCGAUGCGGGAAGCUAUUAGAGUUGAAUUUCCAAAUGCGUCACAUCGCCUCUGUUUAUGGCAUUUACAUCAAAAUGCUAUUGAGAAUGUCAAGAAUACAAAGUUCCUAGAAGAGUUUAAGUCAUUGAUAUAUGCUAACUAUACCCCUGAGACAUUUGAAGAUGAGUGGAAGAGGAUUAUUGAUGAUAAUGGUCUAUCAGAGAACAAAUGGGUUAAGAAAACUUAUGAGAUAAAGAAAAUGUGGUCGAGUGCGUACAUGCGAGACACACCUUUUUGUGGUAUAAGAACUACAUCAAUGUGUGAAGGUAUCAAUUCAUUUAUCCAGGGGUAUGUGGACAAUAAAAACAGUCUUGUGGAUUUCAUGCAUAAUUUUGAAAGAGCUUUGAAAGAAUACAGACAUAACGAAUUAUUAUCUGAUUUUAAGUCGUUCUAUUAUGAACCCGUGUUGACAAGUGCUUUAGAAGGAAUUGAGACUGGAGCAUCAGAGAUAUUUACAUGUAAAAAAUUUAGGGAUGUUAAAAAUGAGAUAGAAGGUGCAGCUGCAUUGAAUAUCAUUGAAAGAAUUGAGACCGGUAAUAACGUGACAUUGAAGAUGAAUAGAUUUUGCAAUCCAAAUUCUGAAUUUUCAGUUUGUCUCGAGAGGACGGAGAGUGUAUUUUUAUGUGAUUGUCGACUGUUUGAACGUUUAGGAAUUCCGUGCUCUCACAUUAUUUGUGCCAUGAGGCAUGAGCAUAUGAAUGUGUUUCCAAAAAGUUUGAUUUGUAAGAGAUGGACUAAAUCAGCCAAGGAUGAUCACAUUUCGUCGGUGUUUUCUGAAGAAAGUGAAUCUGAAAAGUUGUUCAUGUUUCGUAGAGGCGCAAUGUUUGCUGCAUUCAACACUUUGUGUGAUGUUUCUUGUAAAGAUUCUGGUUCCUAUAAAGAAGCUCUAGAAGGAAUUUACAAAUUGUGUGAAAAUAUAAAGAAGCAUUUGGAAGUAAAUGAUAAACGUAAAUCUAAUCCGUCGGUUAUUGGUGAUCCUGUAGAGGCCAAGACAAAAGGUGCCCCUCAUAAGAAAAGAAAAUCGUGGAAGACAAAAGGUGCUAUCCGUAAAGGAAAAAAUUCAUGGAAAUCAAGACAAUGUUCUCAUUGUAAACUACCUGAUCACACAAAACGGAAGUGUCCAGUACUAGCUGCACGUGAUGAUUUACAUCAGGUUGACGAUAAGGUUUCAUCCGACCAAUCAAUGAAUUUUAAUAUGUCCAUAAGUCAUAAUAUCAAUGACGACAUAGACUCCCUAAAAGUCUCAAAUAAAAACAAGGUUGUAGAUAGCACUCGCGGUAGUAAACAAAAAGGAAAAGGUGUCAAUGUUGCUUUUACAACAAAAGACUCUAUCAAUAAAAUAACUUCAAAACAAAUUGACAAAGAAAAAUCUAUUGGACCAAAGGUAAACAUGGCGGAUAAAAAUGAAAAAGUCAGUCCAACUGUAAGUGCUUUUGUCACUCAGAGUAACGCAUUUAAUACUGAAAGUAAUGUUAUGGGACAUGACUCUGUCUUUGGCAACUCUAAUGUCAAAAUGGGAAGUUUUAAUGCAACAUGGAACAAUGGCGUGGGAUAUGGUGCUCAUUAUAAUGGGGUUCCGAAUCAAAAUGUAUCAAUUUUUCCCCAGUUUGUUCCUAAUCAAGGUGCAUUGAUUUGCCCCCAAUUUGUUCCGAGUCAAAGUGCGUCGUUUUUUCCCCAAUUCGUUCCAAAUCAAAGGGCAUCAAUUUUCCCUCAAUUUCCAUCAGUAGACAACUUCACAACACAUUCAAAUUCUUCUUUAUAUAACAGAGGACAUAAUAUUCCUCACAAUACACAUUUUAUGGGCACGUUGAAGGAGAUGGAACAUUCUGCAAAAUUGACUAAAAACAAAGAUGAAAAUGAAGAUUCUAAACAUGAAAAGCACAACCGGUGAGACAGGUACCCAAAGUGAUGUUAUUUUUGUUUGAGUGGCAUCUUUGUUGCUGCUACUUCCUAAUAACAUAUUAUAACAUAUUCUGCCCAUUGAGUUGUAAUAUGUGGGUUGUCCCUGCAAACAGACACGGUGAAGAUUUUCUAUACUCGCACCAACUUUAUGUCUAUCAACACUCUCUUCUAAGUUUAGAGUUUUAGUGUUAUUAUAUGGCUUGGCAGCUGUGAUCUAUAUUGUUAUUAUAUGGCUUGGCAGCUGUGAUCUAUAUUGUUAGACUAUGUUUUCUUAAGGAAACAAUACUUUUUCCUAUCCAUAAUGGAUACCAUUCAAUGUCCUCA